AUGGUAUUAUUUAUGGUAUUUUUGUAGUUUGGCUUCUAGAAAUGUUACUUUCUUGAUUCUCUUAGUUCUGACUUUGUCCUCGUGGUUGAAUUCACUUAUUGUAAGUCGCUCUGGAUAAAAGCGUCUGCUAAAUGACAUGUGAUGUAACAGUUAUGUAUUGAUAGAGCCCAUUCUGCUAGAUUUAUAUUAGUGUUUAGUUACAUAAUGAAUUAUGUAAAAAGGGGGAUUGAUGAUAUAAAACUGAAUUAUUGAAGGGACGAUUGUGUUCAAGCUCCUGCAAAUUCAGAAUAACAUCACAAAGCAGAUGGAAUAUGUGUCUGAUAAUAAAUAUUAUGACUCUCAAAGCUAGGUACUCGCCUCACACAAACGCAACACACACUUGUUAUCACGUUGUUACAAUGAGAGAGGGGGACGAGGGCCCCCUCCUGUGAGAAAGGGGUGUGGGGGGGUGCAGCAGAUCCGAGGUCAGGAUGACUUCACAUGUGGGGGCAUGGAGGCCCGUACGUGGAAAGGGAGGCCGAGUUGUUUUGGGUUUUCAACUAGUGCCGACCGGAGAGGACUCCGCUGUGAUUGCUAUCGCAUCGAACUUGUAUUUGACGCGUGAUCAGAGAAUAAAUUCUCCCGUUGGAAAGGAGAGAACGAGAGAAGGUCGUACUUUACCACACCUCCAAUUUUGAUAGACGCUAACACUACACCUCAGAGGUACAUGAACGUUUUACUGUACGACACCUCAGAGGUACAUAUUGUACUUUCAGAUGAUUUCACUUCUGAUUUUUUCAUGUUCUCCCUCAAAACCCUGACCUCAUUCAUUAAUAAACCUAUUGAAUAUUAAAGUUCAAUAUGAGAUUCUUAAGAUGUAUAAAUUAGAGAUGCACCGAUCAGGUUUUUUGUGCCGAUCACUGAAAUCAGUAUCUGCCGAUCACCGAUCACGGUGUCGAUUGAAGCAUUCUAUUUAUUGUGUAGCAUUAUUAAAAUGUCCUAAUUGAUACAUUAAAAUUGUUUGAUUGCUAUUGUAGGGGAUUUCAGAUAUGUAUGGAACACAUCUGCAUUAUUCAUUUCCUGGAACUCUUGGGGAAAUCUAUAGACAGGACUUUUUUUAACAUACAAAAGUCUGACUUAUUUUUAUAAACUCUUCCUUGGUACAGUAAAAAUGUUUCAAUGUUAGCAUCAUUUAAGCUAAAUCUCAGAAACAAUCUAUAAAGAUACUAAAUCAGUUCAUUGUUUACUUUUAUAUGCUAGUGUAUGAUUUGUCGACAUCUUAUUUUGAAAAACGGAUGUUGUUUCACGUGGUUCUUUCCGCUAACUUUGCAAAACCGGAUGUUGUCACAUAAAUCCUUCCGCUAACGUUAUCAAAACCCUCGCGCGCUCCGGAUCGAAUGCGUUUACCGUGAACAUCAGUCUAUAGGGGCUCAGACAUGGAAGUGUCGGCUGAGUCGACCGUUUUGAGAACGCCGAUCAAAACCGAAAAUGGCAAUAUCGGCCGAUAUGGAUCGGCGCCGAUCAUAUCGGUGCAUCCCUAGUAUCAGUGGCGGCUGGUGAAUUUUCUUUGGGGGGGGGGGGCGCAGUUUAAAUAUCACUCAACAAUGAGAAGAAAAGAGGUUUUGAGUAGAAUAUUGUAAAAAACAAAGCUUUAUUUAAAGAACACAGCGUGCUCAACACUGUCCAACAACAACUAUCAACACACUGUGACUUUGGGCAUGAGAGGUUCAGAGCAGCUUUAAGGAACAUUGGGUUGGGUUUCAGAGGUUUGCAAAAUAAAAGAGUUUCACCCUCACAUGAAAGAGGUUCAGAGCAGAAUAGAGUCAGAAAGAGAUCACAUGUUACAUUGGGUGACAGAGCAGACCCACUACUGUAAAGACAAGUAGCCUCCUCUCUUUAAAGUGGUCACUUUACUCUCAGGUUAAAGUCAAUCAUGUCUGUAACCAGCCUGUUUCCAUUAUUCUUGAGGGAAUGUGUCUGUUUUUCAGAACUUCUUCGUUGUGUUUCGAUGCCAGUUCGGUCUCCUUCUCCUGACUAAACAAGACGUCCAGCGGCAGUUGGUGAUGAAACAAGAGGUUCCCCCUGAACAGCAGGACUGGAGCUCCAGUCUGGACCAGGAAGACCCAGAGCCUCCAGAACCUCCACACAUUAAAGAGGAGCAGGAGGACCCAGAGCCUCCACACAUUAAAGAGGAGCAGGAGGACCCAGAGCCUCCACACAUUAAAGAGGAGCAGGAGGACCCAGAGCCUCCACACAUUAAAGAGGACCAGGAGGACCCAGAGCCUCCACACAUUAAAGAGGAGCAGGAGGACCCAGAGCCUCCACACAUUAAAGAGGAGCAGGAGGACCCAGAGUCUCCACACAUUAAAGAGGAGCAGGAGAACCCAGAGCCUCCACACAUUAAAGAGGAGCAGGAGGACCCAGAGCCUCCACAUUAAAGAGGAGCAGGAGGACCCAGAGCCUCCACACAUUAAAGAGGAGCAGGAGGACCCAGAGCCUCCACACAUUAAAGAGGAGCAGGAGAACCCAGAGCCUUCAAACAUUAAAGAGGAGCAGGAGGACCCAGAGUCUCCACACAUUAAAGAGGAGCAGGAGAACCCAGAGCCUCCACACAUUAAAGAGGAGCAGGAGGACCCAGAGUCUCCACACAUUAAAGAGGAGCAGGAGGACCCAGAGCCUCCACACAUUAAAGCGGAGCAGGAGGACCCAGAGCCUCCACACAUUAAAGAGGAGCAGGAGGACCAGGAGAACCCAGAGCCUCCACACAUUAAAGAGGAGCAGGAGGACCCAGAGCCUCCACACAUUAAAGCGGAGCAGGAGGACCCAGAGCCUCCACACAUUAAAGAGGAGCAGGAGGACCAGGAGAACCCAGAGCCUCCACACAUUAAAGAGGAGCAGGAGGACCCAGAGUCUCCACACAUUAAAGAGGAGCAGGAGGACCCAGAGCCUCCACACAUUAAAGAGGAGCAGGAUGAACUCAGGAUCAGUCAGGAGGGAGAGCAGCUUCAAAAGCUGGAGGAGGCUGGAAUCAAGUUCUCAUUCACCCCUGUAAAGAGUCAAUAUGAUGAUGAGGAAGCUCAGCUCUCAAAGUCCAUAAAAACUGACAAAAGAGAGGCAGAACAUUUGAAAACAGAAGCAG